UAAUCUCUUCCUCUAUCCCUCUCUCUCUCCCUCUCUCUUGGACUCGCGCCGUGGUUCUGUCGAAGAGGCGGCGGCGGCAUCUCCCGCACUCCAGCUCUUUGGAUACGGAUGCUGGCCGCUCGCAUAGAAGCGACAUCAUAUUUGCGCUGGGCUGGGAUAGCAUCGACGUACUUCGCUCCAAGAGCAAGGGGCCGCCGGAACAUUACGGGAUUCGAAAUUUCUACUCAAGGAUGUGGUUUUGUAACACGUGAUCGAUAACCCUCGAAGGACUGGAGGUUUUGGAUUUCUGAAGAGUUGGCCGGCAGGGGCGACAAUGGAAGUUCCUCUGUUAACUAAAGAAGGACACAAAGUAUUGAACAAUGAGUACUGUUACGGGUAUACAGACAAGUUCGGCAAGUGGAACAACGGUUUUCCGUGCCCUAAACAGAGCAACGGCGAGCCAGUCUACUGCUGCGGUACCUCCACGGAAUCUUAUUGCUGCCGCAAGAAAAACGAAGAACCUCAACUUCCUCCCCCUCACGAUCAAACGCUCCUCCUGGGAGUCGCUCUGGGCACACUGCUGGUAGUGCUUAUAUUAGCGGUCGGUGCGUGCGUUCUCUGUAGGAAAAGGUUCCUGUACAAGAGUCGUCAUCAAAUGAACGGAGCGGCCGUGGUUCCCCCUCCAUCCACAGGUCCCCUCUACCGCAUGCACUGCAGCAGCAGCGGAGCCAACGUGUACUCCUUCUCCGGGAACGAAAGCGGCGCCGCUUCACCCUGCAUCGAUGGCGCCAUCUCAAAUACGAUGGGAGAAAUGGAGCCGCCCCCACCGCCUCCUAGGGGACUACCCAGCAUGGAGGCUUUUAUGGUGCCGUGCCCGGGUGGAGGUAUGCACUUGACGGGACCUCUACCGCACAUGGAGCCGCCUCCACCUUACGAAGCAGAAAACCCUCAGGCGACACUCAACUUUGGGACCAUACCAAUUACAACGCAACAGCAUAACAUGACUAACACAUUGUUCAACACUGCCACUUUGGAAAACCUCCACUUCGCGCACCAACAAAGCACGACACUGCCACCGAACAACCGUCGGCAACAGCACCAGAGACAGCAUCAACAUCACAGCACAAACCAACAAGCACAGGCCCACACAAAUAUACGGGACCCUUCCUACUGGUCAACUAAGUUCUAGCUUCUCGGUGGAGAUGCUGACCGCGGUGGUCACACGUGACAUGUGACGCAAGCACUGACAGUUGUUGACAACAUGCAACGGGUGAGGUGACGUGAAAACGGUGUCAUCUUCACGUGGAACGGAAGCAACACGACGUUGCUGCAGUUCUCUUAAUCUGCGCGUGUGGGUUCCAUCCGGGAACGUUCUCUACUUCAUCAUGAGAAUUGAGAGCAUCACGCAGGACAUCGCUACACACACACACACAAAUCUGUAUUUUGUGAACGAACGCAUGCGUUUAGGAAUGAAUGGGACAUGGUCAUGUGAUUAGGUAAUAUAUAUAUAUAUAUAUAUACGAUAAUAUGUGGCGUUGCUUUGGGGUUGACGUUUGAAGAUAUGUUACAAAGGAAAUAAAAAUUACGCAUGUA